AUAAUGAAGUAAUAAUGGGCUCAAAGUAGAAACCCUUGUGGGGUUGUCCGGUGGAUACAAUGGUUAAACCUCUUCCAGCACCUGGCCAUUCAGCCAUGUCCUCGUGUCUUCUUCUACUCCUUGGAAGCCACUAAUGGCGGCGAGGAGAUGCCCAUGCUCCUCUUCUCCGCCGCCUCUAAAGCCCGAGCAUUAUCGUCUUCGUCAUCCUCCUCUUCUACAUUCAUCAAGCUACGGUUCUCCAAUCUCCUCACCGAGAAACCCCAUUUCGAAACCCUAAUCCUUGGCACCAUUGACGCCUAUCCUUCCGCUUUUACCCCUGCCUUCCGUCCUCCUGAUCGCCUCAAGCCCUUAAUCUCUAAUACCGCCCUCUUCCUCUCCGCACUCGACUCCAUCCGUAAGCGCCCCAGGCUCGCCCUUCGCUUCUUCCGCUGGGCUGAGCUUCAGCCGGGGUUCCCCCGCUGCGAGAUGGCCUUCGUUGGCGUUCUUGAGAUUCUCGCCGACAGCGAUCUCACCCGCGCGGCGUACGCUGUGAUGGAGAGAGUUCUGGCAUUGGGCUUGCAUGGAAUUCUUGAUCUUUUGAUCCAAGGGUAUGCGAACUCCGCUGCGACGAUCAAGCUUCUUGAUCUUCUUUUAUGGGUUUAUACCCGGCACUCGAUGGCAGAGCGCUCGCUUUCCACUUUUUACAGGAUGGUGCGCAGUGGGUUCUUCCCGGAUGUUAAGAACUGCAACAGGGUGUUGAGGCUUUUGAGAGAUAAGCGGCAGUGGGUGCAGGUGAGAGACGUCUUCGAGGAGAUGAGAAAUGUUGGGAUCUUGCCCACUGUUGUUACUUAUAAUACCAUGCUUGAUUCGUUUUUCAAGGAGGACAAUGCUCAAGAUGCUUUGGAACUCUUGGGGAAGAUGCUUAACAAGGGUUUCUCUUUCAAUGAUGUCACUUACAACGUUCUGAUCAAUGGUUACUCCAAAAUGGGGGAGUUUGAGGAGGCUAAGAGGUGGGUUUCAAAGAUGUGGACUUCCGGUUUGCAGGUAACUGCCUUCACCUACAACCCUUUGAUUUAUGGGUAUUGUUCUAAAGGUUGGAUGCAUGAGGCAUUGCAUUUUAGAGAUGAGAUGGUGAGGAGAGGGAUUUCUCCCACCGUUACCACUUACAAUAUUUUGAUUGAUGGCCUUUGUAAGAAGGGAUGGGUAACACUGGCUAGGGAGAAGUUUUGUGAGAUGGGUGAGAUGAAUUUGGUGCCAGACAUUGUUACGUACAAUUCUUUGAUAUAUGGAUAUUGUCGUGUGGGUGAUCUCAGGGAGGCCUUCUUAUUGGUUGAUGAUUUGAGGGUUCAGGGCCUUGCCCCCACUUUGAUCACUUAUAAUACUCUUAUAGAUGGUCUUUGUAGAACAGGUGAGCUCGAAGAGGGGAAGGAGGUCAAAGACCAUAUGGUUGAAUCAGGGUUCCAGCCUGAUGUUUUCACCUAUACAAUUCUCGUGAAUGGUUCUUGUAAGAUGGGAAAGCUCGCUAUGGCUAAGGAAUUCUUCAAUGAGAUGCUAUGGAUAGGCUUGCAACCUGAUGGAUUUGCAUACACGACAAGGAUAGUUGGUGAAUUGCAGCUUGGGUCAGCCUCUGAAGCUUUCAAACUAGGAGAAGAAAUGAUUGCAAGAGGCAUUACUCCAGAUACAGUGAGUUAUAAUGUUCAAAUUGAUGGGCUAUGCAAGAUGGGUAAUAUUGACGAGGCUUAUAACUUGUUGCUGAAGAUGGUUAAAGAUGGGGUUCCACCAGAUUGUGUCACUUGUUCCUGCAUAAUUCAUGCUCUUUGUCAGAAAGGGUAUCUGAGUAAAGCGUGGGCCAUGUAUGAUAACAUGAUCAGUAGUGGUCUAUCCCCAUCAGUCAUCACCUACACAAUUUUGAUUCAUGCUUAUGCUAAUAGGGGAGAUCUUGAAUCAGCAUUCACUUUCUUCUCAGAAAUGCGGGAGAGUGAUGUGCUGCCUAAUGAAAUUACAUACAAUGCACUUAUAAAUGGGUUCUGUGGAAAGGACCUUGAAUUGGCUUAUGAGUAUUUUAUUGAGAUGCAGAAGAGAGGUUUGUCUCCUAAUAAAUAUACAUACACUUUGCUUAUUAAUGAGCAUUGCAAUAGGGGAGAUUGGAAUGAAGCUCUUAGAUUAUAUGGUGAGAUGCAUGAGAAAGGCGUUCAACCUGAUUCUUGUGCUCAGUCAGUGUUGUUCAAACGAUUUGGUGAAGAACACAAGGAUCAUGCUAUUAGUUACUUAGAAAAUGUUGUUCUUGGCAACUGAUUUUGUAAUUUGAGUUAAUAUCAGAAAAGAGCACAUCAGAAGGCAAGGAUUGCAGCUCUCUUCCAUUGAUUGUUCUCACAUGAACCGAUCAUCUUGUUGAGCUGAAUAAUAAUUUUUGUUUUGUA